GUCAUCGGUAACGUCAUCGCUCCGCGCCGGCUGCGCCGCACGCCAUGGAGGAGCAGCUGUACCGCCGGCUGCCGCCCGAGGAGAGCGGGGAGCUGCGCCUGCAGCCCCAGGACUCAGAAAAAGCCAAGACAUUUGUACAUGCCUUCCUGAAGCGUAGCAUGCCUAAAAUGAAGGAUGAAGAUAUCCAGGAUAUGUUAACUCGGAAAGCUGUUGUUCUGGAGCAUUAUCCCAAAAAAAAGACCAAGCAAAAGGGAAAGAAGACAAAAGGUUUUACUGCCAAGCAGAGGCGAGAGCUGCGUCUGUUUGAUAUUGAACCUGAGCAGCAAAGAUAUUCCAUCUUCCUCCCACUCCACGAACUCUGGAAACAGUACAUCAGAGACCUGUGCCAUGGACUCAAACCUGAUGCGCAACCCUAUAUGAUUCAGAGCAAGCUGCUCAAAGCUGAUCUCCAUGGAGCCAUUGUUACAGUUACAAAAUCAAAGUGCCCCUCUUAUGUUGGGAUAACAGGAAUCAUUCUACAGGAAUUUAAACACGUCUUCAAAAUUAUCACUAAAGAGGACAAAUUAAAAGUUGUUCCCAAACUUAACAAUGUGUUUAGCUUGGAGCUUGAUGGAUUCAUUUCCUACAUCUAUGGAAGCAAGUUCCUGCUCAGAGCAAGUGAGCGAUCUGCCAAAAAAUUCAAGUUGAAAGGAACUAUUGACUUGUGAUGUCAUGGGAAGUCAGAAGCACUCACAGAAAUGUCUGCUGUUUACCUGCAGUUCAAGGAGCAGGUUUUCUGGCAGAUGGAAAAAGCAGCAGCCAUGUGAAAUACUUACAAAGCAUUUCUUCUUACUGAGGAAUGAGCAGUAUCUGCUGUCCUUAAGCAGUCUCACUGACUGCUGAAAUUGGUUGUGUCUGGUUUUUUUAUUUGUAUAUAAUAUUCUGGCUUUUUUAAAGUUAUAUGAUUAAUAUUAACUACUUCUGUUUCAGUUUAUAAAUUGUAAAUUUGUACAGUGAAAAUUAUAUUUUGUAACUCUGAACUUUGUAAUAAAUGUUUUUGUUGCCUUCUGUAUAAAUUGGGCUUUAGCUGCCUUUUACAUGCUUGCAGUGAGACUGCAGGUGCUGACAACUGCUCUUUAUUAUCAUUGUGCCUGAGUCAAUAUCAGCAUCUUGGCCUGCUGCAGCCAGGUGCAAAUAAAUUGUUUCAGCAGGCA